UCGCUCGCAACGCUCGUGGAAUCAUUUCAUCCUUGUUGUUUGUCAAAUGUUAAACAAGGACGAAAUGAUGCUCGCGAGCGUUGUGAGCGAUAAGUGGAACCCAGCCAUUUGUAGACCAUACGCUUGGUGAAUGACCACGUACCUGCACGAAUAGACAACCUGUCAUACUGACGUGUAUACAGGUAUGCCAAUUCACUGCCAAUUGCCAAGUAGUUCCAACGUUGAAUAUGGGUGCGAGUGGCGUGCGAAGCAGUCGGUAAAACGAUAUCAAAACAAACACCGGCCGACGGCCGCUCGCAGAAGUCACAGGUUUCUCUCUGUUAUUUGUGCCUCAUUUACUCAUUAGCGUAAUUAACUACUCCGGUCACGUGGUUACAACCAGCGCAAGGUAGCCGCGAGCCACGUCCUCAGCUUGGCGUCAAUGCUUGCCGGUUUAGCGGGUUUUAAUCACCCGUUGAAAAGUUGACCGGUAAAAAAGUAAACACGUGGUGGAGAAAGUAGAAAAAGUUCGAGUGCUCCAGCAGCAUCAAAAAAACGUUACGAAAAGGAAGCUAUCCGACAGAGUUAUUCCACCAUGGCAAAGUCAGUUAUGACUGCACAGGAAUGGAAAGAGAAGGGUAAUGAAGAAUUUAGCAAAGGCAAUUGGUCAAAUGCCAUAAGUCACUACACAAACGGACUAAAACUAAUAAAAGAGGACAACGCUGAGAAAGGAGUUUACUACAAAAAUCGAGCUGCAGUAUAUUUAAAGCUACACGAUUACGAGAAAGUGGUUGAAGACUGUGACAGUGCGUUAAAGAUAUGUUGUAACAAAGCACUGUAUCGCAGAUGUCAAGCACUAGAGGCGUUAGAGAGAUUCGAGGAGGCAUAUCGGGACGCGGAGAUCAUUAUUUCAUCUGACCCCAAUAACAAAGUUAUUCAGCCUGUAGCGACGCGCUUAUUUGAAAUUGUACAAGAACGUCGUAAGGAAAAUGUAUCACAAAUGCUGGAUUUAGCAUUUAACGUGAGUGCAGAUAACGGCAAACGUGAAACCGCUAUGAACAAUCUGCUUGUACUCGCACGUGAGAGAGCUGGUGCCGAAGAGAUUUUCAAAAAGGAAAGCGUAUCCAAACUCGUUCAACUUGUGAAAGUGGAAAAGAACGAAGAAGUGAUCUGUACUGCGAUUCGCAUUAUAGGCGAAUUAUGCAAAAACAAUAUUAAUCGAACCGAGUCUGUUAUGAAAUUCGUCGGUUUAUCUUGGUGUCUGGAAAUAAUGAACAGCACAUCUAUACAGAGAGUUAAUGCGUCUCAAUAUUGUUUACAGAAUAUAUUGAACACUUACAGCGGCAUGAAUAACAAACCCGAUUCGAAACCUGACGAUGCGUUGUGCGCGGCGCAUAAAGAAGAAAUUGACACGAUUCUAUCGUGUCUAUUAAAUAGUGUAACGAGUAGAACGAUAACAGGCCUUGCUAGAGAUGCAAUAAUAGAACUUAUUAUGCGUAAUAUUCAUUGCGUAACUGCAUUAGACUGGGCCGAACGAUUUGUCGAACUUCGCGGUUUGCAAAAAUUAAUGGAGGUGGCCGGUGAAAUGGAGGGAUACAAAUACAAUUCCUCGAUAGACAUCACAUCUUCCACACGAACUAAAACCAGUAUGUGUUUAACAAAAAUAUAUGAAAACAUGUACUACGAUGCUGCUAAGGAAAAAUUUAUCAACGCCAUUGAAGAAUUUAUUAAAGAUAAAUCGCUUUCACCUGACACAGAAUCCAAGGUGCGUAUAGUACUUGCGAUAACAACUUUAAUAUUCGGACCGCUAGACGUUGCGAACGUAAUUAUCUGUAAAAAAGAAGUUAUUGGGUUGAUUCUUGCUAUGGCGAAAACGGAUGACGUAUUGCAACAGAAAAUGGUUUGCGAAUGUAUCGUUGCCGCUAUAACCAAUUGUAACAAGGCCAACAUAUUUAUAUGGCGAGGUCGAAAUAUAUUGCAGAACCUGUAUUAUUCUAAGCAUGAUUCAAUUCGGAUUCGAGCGUUAGUGGGUUUAUGCAAGUUAACCAAUUUCGAAGACGCACUCUGCUCUCCGACUAUCAAACUGUUCCCGCAUGGAGCGGCGAAGGAAUUGGCCAAGGUUUGCAGACGAUUCUUGAUCAAUUAUAAGAAAGAAAAAGAUAUGAUAAAAUGGGCCUUAAAAGGCUUGUCGUACCUUACUUUCGACGACGACGUCAAAGACGAGUUGAUCGAGGAUCAACAAGCCAUUCGAGCAAUGAUGGAGCUCACCAAGACUGGUGAUCAAUCGAUUUCCUACGGCGUGCUUGUAACGUUGAUAAAUUUGUGCAACGCUUAUGAAGAGCAAGAACACAUACCCGAGAUUUUAGAAUUGAUAACGGUUGUCAGACAUCAUUUUGCCGACAAACACGUUGUAGCCGACGACGAAAACGACGCCAGAAUAAGAAGAAGACUAUGCAUGUUAGCGAAAGCCGGUAUGACCAGCACUCUAGUAAACCUCUCCAAAACGAACAGUCGAAAUAUUAAGGAAUUGACAGCCACCGUUCUCAACGCGAUAUGCAUUCCAGACGAAAUUAGAGAAAUAAUUGUUCAACAAGGCGGCACAAAAGCAUUAUUGUCGUUAGCGCAGGAUUCCACAUACAAGACAAAGAAGGAAGCUUCGCGAGCCCUGGUCCAUCUAGCACACGCGUUACCUCCUGAGGUUGCAUUUCCUGGCCAGAUAAUCAUGGAGGUUGUUCGGCCGAUGGUAAAUCUCUUGAACCCAGAGUGUUCCGCUGACGAGAAUUGCGAGACUGUAACAGCUCUGUGCAAUCUUGCUAAAGUCAGCGACACCAUGAGAGGAAAUAUAUUCAAGGAGGGAGUGUUUCAGAAGAUCGAGGCCUUUGUGUACGGGAAAGACAUCCUUUUGAAAGUGGCGUCCCUAGCACUUAUUGGUAUUUUGUUAUCAAACCAUGAAGUCGCUAUCCAAUGUUUCGAGGAGGACAAAUCUCGAGUUAAGCAUCUUAUGUUACUGUGCAAGGACAAGAAUCAAGAUACUAAGUUCGCAGCAGCUGCAAUUCUAAUGGCGCUGACGGCGGCCAACAGAGAGGCGUGCAAGAAAGUUUUUGACUCGAAUUCCUGGUUGGAAUCCCUACGCCUUUUACUCACUAAUCCAGAGGGUAAGAUACAAGAAAGGGGUAUUAUAAUUGUGAUAAAUAUGUUGAGAAGCUCGAAAGACGUCGCUGUAAAACUUAUGGAAACAGACAUAAUGAAAAUACUGACGGUAUUGACCAAAAAUGAUACCGUGCCAAUCAAUAUCAAGGAAUUGGCAUCCGUUGCUUUAAAGGAAGCUGCAGAUCGAUCCGGUAACGAAGAACGUCGACAAGCAAACAUCGUCAUGAUCGAACGGGAAUGUGAUAGAGCACGUCUAUCAGGACAAUUAAACCUUCUAAGCCGUUUGCUCAGAGACUUAUGGGCAUAUGAACUUGUUGAAAAUAUACCCACAAACGUAGACUCAGAAAUCGCAAAAGUACUAGAAGGAACUGAACGACGAUGAUUUCAUGGGAAAAAGGUGGAAAAUAUUUUAAUUCAGAGAUCUUAUUAUAUAUUUUUAUAUUUCAAAUAAAAUGCUUUAAAUAAUAAAAUAAAUGUUU